ACAUUAUCCCAAAAAAAUAACAAGGUUAGCGAGAGUAACGGCCCGUUAUUCUCACGAGCCCGGUAAUCUUACCGUUUUCGUGCUCCUCCUCGCCCUUCUCGUGAUCUCCUGCAUUCUCCUCUCCUCUCCUCUCCUCUCCUCUCUCCGCUCGUAAACGAUGAUGGAUCCCGAGACCUACCUAGGGUUCGAAUCACCGGGCCCCCGCGCCGAGGACAUGGAAACCCUAGCCCUCUCCGACGCCCCCUCCGAUUACCGCAGCGCCAUCUCCUCCUUCUCCGCCGCCGCUGAUGGCGGGGACGAUCCCGCUCGCUCGCUCCCUCCGCCUCCCCCGUACCCUGUCUCCCCCUCCCCACCCCCUUCCUACGCCGAUGUCGUCCCCAGCCCCUUCCGAUCCCAAGACCCCGCCGCGGAUCUCGCCGCGCCCGCCGAUUACGUCGCGAUCGCCGUCUCCGAGCCGCAGAAGGAGCAGGACGCGGGCGGGGUCUACGUCAGCUACCUCGUCGCCAGCCGAUGGCGCGGCGGGGAGGAGCGCCGCGUGCGGCGGCGCUUCCGCGAGGUGGACGCGGACCGCCUCGCCGAGGCCUACCGCGGGUUCCUCGUCCCGCCGCGCCCCGACAAGGGCGUGGUCGAGGGCCAGGUGAUGCAGCAGCACGAGUUCCUGGAGCUGCGCCGCGCCGCGCUCGAGCGCUACCUGCGGCGGCUCGCCGCGCACCCCGCGAUCGGGCGGGGCGACGAGCUCCGCGCGUUCCUGGAGGCGCCCGGGAGGUUCACGGACGGGGCGGCGCAGCCUCCGAGUCACGCGCCACCGCAGGAGGCGGUGCACCCCGCGAAGGGUGGGAGGGACUUGCUCCGGAUCUUCAAGGAGCUCAAGCAGUCGGUGGCGAACGACUGGGGCGGGGCGAAGCCUCCCGUGGCGGAGGAGGAUAGGGACUUCUUGGAGAGGAAGGAGAAGAUGCAGGAUCUGGAGCAGCAGCUCACCACUUCUUCCCAGCAGGCUGAAGCACUUGUUAAAGCCCAGCAGGAUGUUGGUGAAACAAUGGGACAAUUAGGGCGAGUAUUUAUCAAACUAACAAAGCUUGAGACUGAGGAAGCAAUUUAUAAUUCUCAAAGAACAAGGGCUGCUGAUAUCAAGCGCGUAGCAGUUGCCACUGUCAAAGCUGGCAGAUUGUACCGAGAAUUAAACGCUCAAAUAGUCAAACAUCUGGAGGUUCUCCAUGAAUAUCUAGAGUUAAUGUUGGCUGUUCGAAGUGCAUUCUCAGAUCGGGCAAGUGCAUUAUUGACGGUACAAACACUUGUAUCCGAUUUGUCAUCCAUACAAGCAAGGGUAGAGAAACUUGAAACUGCAUCGUCCAAGGUAUUUGGUGGUGAUAGGUGGAGACUCCAUAAAAUAGAGGAGCUGAAAGAAACAAUAAGAGCUACUGAAGAUGCUAAAACCUUUGCUCUAAGAGAAUACGAAAGGAUCAAGGAAAUCAACCGCAGUGAACUGGAGAGACUGGACAGAGAAAGGCAUGAUGAUUUUCUAAGCAUGCUCAAAGGAUUUGUAGUAAACCAGGUUGGCUAUGCAGAAGAGUUGGCAAGCGUCUGGGCAAAAGUAGCAGAUGAGACGAGGGGCUACGCAAGAGGGUGAUUAGAACACAUGUAAAUCCCCCGUUUUUUUUUUUCUCCCCGCUUAUUUUUCUCUUAACGUUUCUUCCACCACACAUGCUUGUAUAUUUGUUAAUUUAGGUCCACGAGAGAACAGAAAAGAGAAAGAACCACACCGCAGUCCCUGAAUAUCCUUAGUUUGAUUUGAAUUCGUUACUUGGUUAUUUCGAGGGUGUAUAUAAUCUUCCUAAUAGCACAGUUCGUGCCUUGGUUUCUGUGUCA